AUAUUUUAUAGUCUAUGACUGGAAAAAUUAAAUUUAAAUUAAAAUGGCUACCCGUGUCUGUGUGAUUUUGCUAUGGUCGUAGAAUUGGUGCCAUUUGAGCAUUUUUUGCUGUUUUUGUGUGUUCAGUUGUGAUUAUCAAUAAAAUAUUUGUUCGUAGGUAUGUCCGUAAUAUUUUACAGAUUAUUUGUAAAUGCAUUGAGACAAAAUCUGCCGAGACAUCCCAUUAAAUCAGUGCCGCAUGUGCGCUCUAUAUCAGCCAUGGAGGUAGCUACUGUGGAAAAAGUAGCAGAUGAUAAUCAAAAAGAAUCUCAAGAAAUAGUACAAAACAAAAAUUUUACAAGGUUCAAACAACGAUUCAUGAAGCGACAAUGGCAGGAUCCAGAUCCAAAUAAAACUGAGAAUGGUGAAUCAGACGAGAAGAAACAUUGUGAAAGACCAGUAGAAAGGAUCAAAAGAAAGAAAAUGGCACUUGUUUUGGGGUACUGUGGUGUGGAUUACUAUGGUAUGCAACGUAAUCCUGGUGUACGAACAAUAGAGGAAGAUUUAUUGAAGGCAUUAAUGGAGGCUAAAUAUAUAACUGAAGACGAUUUCAAUAAUCAGCAGAACACACAGUUUCAAAGGAGUUCUCGGACGGACAAGGGUGUAUCUGCUGCCAGACAGGUUGUGUCACUUAAACUACCUCUGGAAGUAGAUAUCAAUGAAAUAAAUAAAAGACUGCCGGAUUGUAUCAAAGUAUUUGGUAUAAAGAGAGUGACAAACAAAUUCAACUCAAAAUCAAAGUGUAAUGCGAGAACAUAUAGCUACACUCUUCCCACUUAUGUAUUUGAACCUAGCUUAGUAACUGAUGAGGAGAGAAAGCAAUAUAGAAUAUCAGAAGAUAAAAAAGAACAAGUCGGAAAGGUGCUAGAAGUUUAUAAAGGAACAAAGAGUUAUCAUAAUUUUACAGAAAAGAAGCAUCACCAAGAUCCUUCAUCGCUAAGGUACAUGAUGGGAUUCACUUUAGACAGAGUGUUUGUUGAUUCAGAAAUGGAAUUUGCAGUUCUGUUAGUAAAGGGUCAAAGUUUUAUGCUGCAUCAAAUUCGUAAGAUGGUUGGUCUGGCGAUAGCUGUGCUGCGCGGUCAUACUGAUAAUUCCAUUCUUGAGAAAGCUUUUGGCAAGGAAAAGGUUAUGAUACCAACCGCUCCUGGGCUUGGACUUGUCCUCGAUACGGUCCACUAUGACAGGUAUGACAACAAAUUCAAAGACAGCCAUGACAGUUUAACUUGGACAUCUGAAGAGGAAGAAAUACAAAAAUUUAAGCAUGAACACAUAUACCCUGUAAUCGUUAAGGGAGAAGUAGAGAACAACUCCAUGGCCUUGUGGCUUGAGAAAAUGAGUAAUCAUUCAUAUGAACCAUCGGAAGAUGUUCCAGAGAAAAUAGAUGAGAAAGAACUGGCUGCUGGUGGUGAUGAUGAUGAUGAUAUUGAUGAAGAAGAUGAAGGUGAUGAUGAGAAAAAUGAUAGAAAAAACAGCAAUACUGUUGUAUCCACGGCUGCGCAAAGUAAUAUGGAAAAUGGUAACACUGAUAAAAGUGGAAACCUAUGAAUAUUUUGUUUGUAGUGUACAGAAGUAACUAAUGACAAGAAUGAAAGUGUUGUUCUACAUACUGUCUAAGUGAUUGACUGUCCUUUAAGGUCUUAGAAUAAAUAUUUUGAAUAUACACAUGUAUAAAUAUAGGAAUAGUAGUUUUAGUAUACAUAGUAGGUUUAUACAAUUGUAACCUAAGCAUAAUUAAGAAUGUAAUAUUUAUUAUUACCUUUCUUUGACAUUUGAACAACAAACUGUUGUAUUGUAUAUUACAUUAGUAGGAGGGCAAUUAAUUAUAAAUGGCUGAGCCAUACAUAAGAAAAUAUAA